AUGGUGGUGAUUAUCAAGGAGAUUCCAGGACUACAUGCCGCUGCCAAUACUUCUGGCUCCUCUGCUCGUGGGUGCAUCAAGUCGAACGGAAACCCACAAAUGAUCGCAGAAUUUGCGCCUUUGUCUGCUCAAUCUCUUUUCUACCCAGUUGUACCCAAUUGGUCAAGUCUACGACCAAGAAGCUACACGACUUUGCUUACGAAUUAUUUUUCGAAAGUUUCGCUAGCAGCGAUGGAGGAGUCUCGUACUCAGCGCGACAAGAGAGGUCAAAUGUCUCCAACCCAAGAGGAGUAUAAUCGAGUUACGGCUUCGGUCUCCGUCGCGGUCCUCGCGAAGCAGCUACACGACUUUGCUUACGACACCACUGGUAACAGCAAAUACCCUGGGCAGGGCAGCUCACAACAAUAA